AUGCCUUCAGUGAAGUGUCCAAUCCCAGACUGUGACUUUGAAACAGAUGACUUAGAUGCUGCAAUCGUUGCUGCACUUUUGACUACCCAUGCGCUAGUACACACAGCAGCCUCGACUUCUGCAAGCUGUAAUAAAGUGGAAAAAGUCAAACGGCCCACCAUUACAUCCGCUGGCACGAGUGAAGAUUGGUCAUACUUCCUCUCACGAUGGAAAGACUACGUAGAAGCCACUAAAAUAAAGGAAAAGGAACUUGUUAUACAGCUUCUUGAGUGUUGCGAUGAGAAUCUACGGAGAGACCUCACAAGAUCAGCUGGUGGCUCGCUGACGGAUAAGUCUCAAGAAGAUGUAUUAACAGCCAUCAGGAUCCUAGCUGUGCGUGAAGAGAAUACCAUGGUAGCUCGGGUAGCACUGAACAACAUGACACAAGACCGUGAAGAAACUGUGCGCUCAUUUGGGGCUCGACUACGCGGACAAGCAGGUGUGUGCAAGUUUUUAAUACCAUGCCCCAGCUGCGACAACGAAGUCAACUAUACUGACACAAUCUUACGUGAUGUGCUUAUUCGUGGACUCAACGACUCUGAGAUUCAACUUGAUCUCCUUGGGGAAAGAAAUCAAAACAUGACACUUGAACAAACAUUUCAAUUCGUUGAAGCCAAAGAAUCGGGUAAACGUUCUGCAUCUAAACUACUUGUUUCUCAAGGAGCAGAAGCAGCUAGCAGUUCAUAUCGCCGCAAUAAGAGUGCCGCUCGUAUAGUGACUAAGAAAACUGAAAAACAAGAGACACUGUGCACCUAUUGUGGAAAUAAAGGUCAUGGUGCCAAAGCAACGCCACAAACUCGCAAAAAAGAGUGCCCUGCAUAUGGUCAUACAUGCAACAAUUGCAAGCGAAUGAACCACUUUGAGUCUGUAUGCAGAGGCAAACAAAAUGUGACAAACACUAAGACUGAACAGGAAAGUGCUGUUUGA